UUGGUCAGGAGCUACACUUUUUGCUCACUGACAAGGCACUCAUAAACAGAGGCGGACCAUUCAGGCGCUCGCUUGUUUUCAUUUGGUUUUUUAACUCGAAAGAAGGAAGUUGCGCGUCUUCACGUUUGAAAUAUUUGAUCGACUUUGGCAGAUCUCCUCGGAUCAUCUCUUAUAACAACCAUGGAUUUACAAGGCAAAAAGGGGACUGCGGUGCUGCUGUGCGUCCUCAGCUACCUGGCGGCUUGGAGAGGUGUAGCUUGGACGAUGAAAGUGAUUGCUCCUCACAUAUCAUUUAGUUGCUCAGAAGGCAAUAAUGUCACAUUGCCUUGCAUCAUUGUGGGUCCACUAGCUGGGCCCCAUGACAAGGUGGGAAGGAACUUUUUCUUCAGUGUCAAUAAGGACCCCAAAUGUCCAGAGAAGGUUCAUCCUCGUCACGCCAACGAAAUUUUUCACAAGCCUCAGCAUGGGGUCUAUUCUGGAGUAAACCACAAGGGCAAGUUUUGGAUUACACUGACCAACCUCACCCUCAUGGACCAGGGGACCUACUGCUGUUUUGUGUAUGAUGUUGCCCAAAAGCUCAAUGCCACUCAACUUCAGCAGGCCAAGCAUGCCUACAUUGAUCUUAACAUCACCAAAUCAGGGAAUGGCACCGGCAACGAAAACUGCAUCAUUCAUGACGCAUCACAUAUUGAAAUGGAUCCCAAGGAAGCCUCCAUUGCAGCUGGCCUGGCAACUGCAGGGUGCAUUAUGGGUGUCCUGUCGCUGCCCUUGAUCCUCUUGUUGGUGUACAAGCAGAGGCAGAGUGUGGUUUCUACUCGGCGGGCUCAUGAACUGGUACGAAUGGACAGUGAAGCUCAAGGUCAUGAGAAUCCUGUUUUUGAAGAAGUGAUGGGAGAAGCAAAGACCCGUACAGUGGCCCAGAUAAUGAGGCAGCAGUCAGAGUCGGGGCGCCACCUACUGUCCGAACCAAAUACCCCACUUUCACCUCCUGUGCAUGGAGAUUGCUUUUUUCCAUCUCAAGAACCCAUCCCGGAGUCUCCAGAUUUAGUUAAAAUCUAAAGGAUGAUGAUGAUGACCAAAACAGGCAUGAAAAAAACCCGGAUUUCCAAGAAUGGACAACCCCAAAAACAAAUUGUCUACUUCUACCUGUUUUUAUUUUUUUUUUUUAAGUUCUGCUUUUUUUACUUUCAUUUUUUUCUAUUUUAACAAUGUUUAUUAACAACAAACAAAAAAGAAAAAGAUUUACCCAGAAGCUCUCGGCUUCUAGCGGAACAUUUGGAAGGAAUGACGCAGGAUUUGGUGUCUUAGUUUAGGGAAGUGUUUUGGCCAACAGUGGAAAUGAAAGCAAAGCAUCUUAUUAUGGGAUGCUAAUUUUUCGGAGGUGGGGGGGGUGGAAUAGGAGGGGUAAUGGGAGGGGUAAUGGAGCGGGUGAGGGGCUUAAACAACACGCACAUUGCUAUGCAAUAGUAAGCUGAAAACAAUGUAUAUAUGUAUGUAUAUUAUCAGAUGUUUUUUGUGUAUUACUGCAGUUGAUUGAAGGCAUUGCUGUAUCCUCUUUCUGCUCUCAAUUGAAGGUAUUCAUUCUCAUCGGCAGGUUCAAUGUUUAUAUUAUUUAAUAUUUUUCUUUUCUUAUUUGUAUGCAUCUGCCAGCUUUGGCCUUUGUAGAACAGAUACACUGUACAGAGUAAACCACAUGUGGCCUCUUCACGUGGGGUGCAAAAAAG